AGCGGCUUGCCAGGAUUUUGAACACAGACCGAGGUACACUGUCUGACACGAUGGGUUUAGCCACUCUCUUCCUUUUCUUUGCUCUCUUCUAUGGCUCUAAUGUGAAAGAAGCUGCAGGGUACUAUUCAGUUCUCUCUGUGGAUUACGGGCAGUCAUGGGGAAGCUGGAACAGUAAAGAAAUGUGCCCAAGCGGCUUUUAUGCAACAGGUUUUAGUCUUAAAGUUGAGCGUUCCCAGGGAGGCGGUGAUGACACUGCAUUGAAUGGCAUUCGCCUCCAUUGCUCACAACCAGGGAAUAACUAUUGGACCACCAUCGAGUCAAAAUCAGGACCGUGGGGUGAUUGGACAUCACCUCAGUUCUGUCCGUCCGGGUCACUGAAGUCCUUCCAGCUGAGGGUAGAGUCUAAGCAAGGUGACGGCGAUGACACAGCAGCAAACAACAUCAGAUUCCGUUGUUCUGGUGGUUCAACACUGGAAGGCUAUGGCAUGUCAUGGGGAUACUGGGGAGAAUGGAGCACUGAGUGCUACAAUGGUGGGAUCUGUGGUAUACAGACAAAGGUGGAACCACCUCAAGGCAGAGGAGAUGACUCUGCCCUCAAUGAUGUACGCUUCUUCUGCUGCACUUAGAGAUUUGCUAUGUGGAGGACGAACACCAAGUGUAUCGGUCCCUUAAUAAACAAACAAACAGUGUUUUUGUUUUAGAACACAGCAAACACGUUUUUCAGUGAGCAACAUAAUCAUUCAUGCAAUCAGCCUUUCAUGUAAGAACUAUAUCAUACAUUAUAUCUUAAACUGAAUAAACAUACACUAUAUCAUAUGUGUGUUUUCAAGGAACUUCACUCACAAAAUUUUUGUGCAGUUUAUGGUUCCCAAAAUAAAGCAUCUGUGCUCUUAUAGUGAUUAAACUAC